ACUACACCGCAUCGUUCUCCAUUACGACUGUCCUCCCUUUGUUGAAGCGACUCUCAGUUACGAUAUGGCUCUUCGUGUGACCAGAAACCGCUUGGGCUCUACCAGGACCGAGCUGGCGGGGAAGGCCUGCUCCGCGGCCCCCGGGCCCGCGAUGAAGCCCCGAGCGGCGCUGGGAGAGAUCGGGAACAUCGGGACUACCAAAGAAGUGCAGAAAAAGAUUGUGAAGCCAGAGGCCGCAAAGAAGACGAGAGUCGUCGCCAAAAAAGUCGUGGUAGCGCCAGCUGUUCCUGUCGUUGUUGUGGAACAACUAAAACCAGAACAUGUUGUUCCUGCUGAGCCUGAGGUGCAGGUUCUCCCCGAACCGGCAUCCCCCACGCCGAUGGAGACCUCUGGCUGUGCGCCCGCCGACCUCUGCCAAGCGUUUUCCGACGUCAUGCUUCACGCCGCCGUCAGGGACGUGGACGCCGAGGACUACGACAACCCCAUGCUCUGCAGCGACUACGUCAAAGACAUCUACAAGUACCUCAGGCAGCUGGAGGUUGAGCAGAGCGUCCGCCUCACGUAUCUGCAGGGUCAGGAGGUCACGGGUAACAUGCGCGCCAUCCUCAUUGACUGGCUCGUGCAAGUGAGCCUGAAGUUCCGCCUCCUGCAGGAGACGAUGUACAUGACCGUGGGCAUCAUUGACCGCUACCUCCAGGAGCACCCGGUCCCCAAGAAGCAGCUGCAGCUGGUCGGCGUCUCCGCCAUGUUCCUCGCGUCCAAAUACGAGGAGAUGUACCCGCCGGAGAUCUCCGACUUCGCCUUCGUGACGGACCGCGCCUACACCACCGCCGAGAUCCGAGACAUGGAGAUGUCGCUCCUCCGCGUGCUCAAGUUCCAGCUGGGCCGCCCGCUCCCCCUGCAGUUCCUCCGCCGGGCCUCAAAGAUCUACGAGGUGACUGCAGAGCAACACACGCUGGCCAAAUACCUCCUGGAGCUCACCAUGGUGGACUACGACAUGGUUCACUUCCCGCCUUCCAUGGUGGCGAGUGCGUCAUUGGCUCUCGCCCUCAAGGUCCUGGAUGCUGGCGAAUGGGAUGUGACGCUGCAGCACUACAUGGACUACACAGCAGAGAGUUUGAUUCCUGUGAUGUCUCACAUUGCCAAGAACGUGGUGAAUGUGAACGACGGGCUGAUCAAGCACAUGGCCAUUAAAGGAAAGUACUCCACGUCGAAGCAGAUGAGGAUCGCCACCAUCGCGCAGCUCAAGUCUUCGCUGGUGAAGGAUCUCGCCAAGCAGCUCGCCCCGUGACGCCGCUGCCGCUUUGUACAGUUUUCUCUUAAACUUUUUUCUAAUGUGACUGAAUGAGCUUCACACCAAGAACCAUGUCGGUGGUUUAACCGAGACCAAACUGAAUAUAUCGUGUGUAUACUUUUUUAAAGCAUGCUACAAGUUUUUAAUCUGAAAGCCGGCCCCCUAAAAUGCAACACACACACACACACACACACAGUUUAGACUUGAUGCAGUGACUCGCUGCUUGGGGAAUUUCGUCUCCUCCACAACACUGCUCAUAAUCUACUACUUGCCAGCUGAAAUCUUAGUGAGUGUUUUGAAUAUGCAUUUGUGUUUGUCCCCCAAGUUUACAUCUCCAGGAAAAGCUAUUUUUAUUGCUUAAACGCGCUGCGACUACAGAACUUGUGACAUGCUUAAACUUGGUCUCCAUCAAAAGAGCCCAGUGGUGUGGCUUUUACUUUAUUUUUAAAUGGGAUUGUUUUAUUAUUCUUUGUACAGCUGUUUUUACCUUGUUCUUAAAGCCUCUAUUAAAUGGUUCUAACCAGA